UCUGAGUGAGAGACAGUUCUGUGGGUGGAAACAUCUUGUUGAUAAGAGAGAUCAGAGGAAAGUGACCAGAUUGGUCAUAGCUGCCAGGAAGGAUAUACUGUAGUAACUCAUAUAAUCACUCUUUAUAACUGUGGUUAGCAGAAAAGCAUCUCAGCAUGCACAACACAUCAAACCAAACCACAGAGAUCACAUUUCCCCCCAUUCUGAUGUUUGAUGUGAGCAUUGUAUGCAUUGUGCUGCUGCCACAUGAUUGGCUGAUUGGAUAACUGCAUAACUAAGCAUUGAUAUACUUAUUACUCAGUAAUUGUUUGAACAGGUAUGCAUGUAGAGAGCAGCAAUGUCUAGCCUUAUUUAAACAGCUCCUCUCCUAAUCGAAGACAUUUCACAAAACAGGAAACAGAAGAACAUAAGAACACAGAGCAUCUGUUUUGUUUUGUAGUUAGAUAUUAUGCCCUGAACAUACAUUGCGAAUAAUUAUUACAUUUUAAUUGUUAAGUACUUAUUUAAUUCAUUAAUGUCUACAUGUUGUUCUAGACAACUAUUUGUGAUACCUUGUUUGUGAACCCUUGUGUGUUGUGUUUUACUCAGUCAGUGAAGUGAUGGUUGUUUGACCUGACUCUGUGUGUGUGUGUGUGUGUGUGUGUGUGUGUGUGUGUGUGUGUGUGUGUGGCUGUUAUUAGCAGGUGCAGUGCAUAUAGCAGUUAAUGGUAUAGCAGAUAAGGUUGAAUGUAGUAAGAGCUCGAUGGUGGUGCACUGCAGUGACGGCUGGGACCGUACAGCUCAGCUCACCUCUCUGGCCAUGCUGAUGCUGGACUCGCACUACCGCACACUCAGGGGCUUCCAGGUACUGAUCGAGAAGGAGUGGAUCAGCUUCGGACACGAGCUGGCCUCGGUGCGUAUGAGCAGUGAGGGCAUGGUUGUGUGUGGGCGUGUGAACGCAUGUAUAUUUAACCCCAUCUUUCUCUCUCUCUGUGUUUCUCAGCGUGUCUGCCUUGGAGAUGAGAAUCACGCCAACUCAGAACGAUCCCCUCUCUUUGUGCAGUUCAUCGACUGUGUGUGGCAGAUGAUGAGACAGGUCAGCUAUUGAUGCUUUACACCACAACACUGUUGAAUUCUCCAAUCUGAUUGGUCAGAAGGCGUUGGCGACAUUUCUGUAACAGCAAGAUUCUGAUUCCA